AUGCUGAUCAAACCUUUCAGGGAGUUUCGUGUGCUUUCUUUAGAAUUAUUGGAACAUUGCUACCAUCAGGAUGAUGCGCAAACCUUGCAGCUGUUAACAUAUGAACUUUCGAACUGGGGAUGCCAAACUUGCCUUUCUCUCGCUGUGAUGGUCAACAAUAAGCAAUUUUUAGCGCAUCCAUGUCUGAUCGAUUACUUUAUCUCUUUUCGAGAAUUUCUAUUACCUUAUUUAAGCUGCCAAAUUUUGUUAGCCGAUCUAUGGCAUGGUGGAUUACGCAUACGAAGUCAUUCGAAUAUCAAAGUUUUAUGUGGGCUGUUGUUUCCAUUAUCGAUCUUCAUGCUAGAAUUCAAAACUAGGGAAGAACUUCUCAAUCAGCCGCAGACAGCCGCCGAGCAUGAACAAGAUCUCAAUGAGAGCAGCAGCUCUUCAAGUUCCAGCUCAAGUUCGUCCGAAGAUUCGAGUUCGAGUAGCUUUGAUGACGAAGAGGAAGAGGAAAAACUUUUCCACAGUCGGAGGCGAAAGAAGCUCACUAGAGACGAUCGUGAGACUGAUGUGAGCGAAAGUGGAAAGCCGGAUAGACCUGAGUAUGGUACGUUUCGAGGGUCAAAGUUGAACAUCGCAUCAUCUCCAACGCCACCACCCUAUGGCAAAAAACGAUCGCGACUGCCAUCGUAUCGUCUCAAUGGUGUGGUUCCAAAAUCAGAAACGCGAAAACCAUCUGUUUAUGAAUCCAACAAUAGUUUGAAAAGAGCAGGAUCUAUUGUGGCGGUGACAAAGCAAAGUGAUGAUCCGUUCAAUAAUCGUCCUGGAUUUUUAACCACCGUCGGAGCAAAUAUACCUCGAAUGGUAGGAAGCUCAUCAUUUCACUACAUUAUUUUGGUUCACUCUUGUAAUGUCAGUGGUUCCGUAUCUUUUCAUUUGAUUUACUAUUAGGU